ACCGCAGAGGCGGCAGCUCCCAGAGAGCAGCAGGCAGCAGAUCGGCGGCCAGAUCGACAGGUUCGCGCGGAGAUUUUCUCAGACCCGGGUCCGAAUUUCCAACCCCCAGCCCGACUGAUGUGAGAUACACAGCGUCGCAGACAAGAUGGGGCUGUCUGGAGUGAUUGUAGGAGCUUUGCAUUACCUGGGGCUCUAUGUCCAACUCUGCGCUUCCUCGCAAGCUCUGUUCACUGAGGUCCCUCAUGAUGUCACAGCAAAAGCUGGUCAGGAUGUGGAGAUGGCCUGUGCUUUCCGGGGUAGUGGCUCACCAUCCUACUCGUUGGAGAUUCAGUGGUGGUACAUUCGUAACUCCAAGGACUGGACUGACAAACAGGCAUGGAACUCCCAUCAGAUAAAAGCUCCUGCUCAUGAGGAAUCCACAAAGGAGGCAACGAAAAUAAGCGCUGUGAAGGUGGUUGGAAGCAAUAUCUCUCACAAGCUACGGUUGUCCAACAUAAAGAUUUCAGAUGAAGGCACUUAUGAAUGUAGAGUGACUGAUUACAGUGAGGGCAAACCCAGGCAUCACAAAGUCAAAGCCUACCUGAGAGUCAAACAUGACAUGCCGUUACAUGGAGUCUCCACACACAUGCAGGACACCAAGGUUCGGGGAAACGAAGGGACUCACACGAAUCAUGUUGCUAAAUCCUCAUCGUUCUCCACCAGCCCUCAAACAGUCCGAGCUAUAAAGGAACGAGCUUUGGAUAUUGACUGUGAACAGAACGAUCGGUCUCUUGAUACUGAUCGCAUCCACUGUGUUUAGUAGAACUAGCGUUUGUGGAGAGUCAAGUGUUUGUAUAUUGUAUAAAAGGAGUGCAUGACCAGCUUCUUUGUGGGAAUAUUCUGGCAAAACAAAAUCUCUAAAACUAUAGUUUAAAGGGGAAACCUCACUUUGAAAUAUUUUCCUUAUUUGAUAUAUAUCAGAUUAUUGGAAGUAAAUGAUUGAUUUCAUUACAUCCGCUUGGAUGUCGAUAUGUGUUGAGUAUCCUCUAUAGAAACAUCUAUCUAAUAAUUCAAUAGAGUCAAACUGAGAUCAACUUUGUACUGUGCAUUGAUCAGAAGGGUAUAAAACACCCAAGCAGAGUUCAAAAUAAUGAUAAAGGAGUUUUUAUUUUUAAUUUGCCACAGACCAACCAUUCAACAUUAGGGGAAAAGUCUGUAAUCCUGGAUCUCUUUUCAUUUAGCAACUGAAGCCCGACUUUACUUAACAAACCAAGCACUAUUCUAUCUCAUAACAAUUCAAAAACAUUCUCGCAACUUAUGAUUGCAACCUCAUUACCUCAUAAACAUCAACCUUUGUCUAACGUUGUCUAACAAUUCUAGUUCUUACGUGAAGAACAUCCGACUCAUUAUUUUUCUUAUGAACUUACUAUUAAUAAAAAAUAUUCCAAUAUGUCUUCAUUUCAAGAAUUCUAUCAUCAGUGUCCAGUGUCUCAAGAAAUGCCAAUUUCAUAACAUCUAGGAUGUCCAGCCGAGCUGACAGAGUUUUAUAUUCUGUAAGAAAUCCUGUCAUUUGUCUUCAUGUAAGUCCAUUAUAUUUAAUAGUCUGAACCUUUUUCCAUUAACAGUCCUUCCUAAUUUCACCUACAAGUCCCUUCCCCAGUCCAUUUAAUAACUGUGCCUCGUUUUAAACUCAGCCUACUAUCCCCUGACAAUUCCAAUUCAAUCUUGUCCCAUAUUUCUAUUCAAUUCUAAAGAAAAGUAAAACAUCUCUGAUUCUGUGUAAUCACACAGAAUGACCUCUAUUCAAACCUUGAGCUAGUUUUACAGUAAUGUAGAAUGUCUAAUAAAUACUGUAACCACAUUCCAUGAAAUGCUCCAAUUUCCUUUUAUCCAAUAAAUCCAUUUUUGUUAUAAUCCAACAAUUUGAACACAUUUUCACUUUUAUCCCCAAUCUAUAAAAUGUUACUAUCCAAACAUAAAUGAAAAUUAGUGCUCUAUGUCCCCUGUUUUGAUAAUUCAAUUUCAUUUAAUAUUUUUUACUCCACAAAAGAUAUAUUCCUUAUUUCAGCUUCAUUUACCAAAAUGUUGCAGAUUUAUCAAAAGUUGUAAUAAAUGGCCCCUCAAUAGGCCACAAUAACCACGUAUUUCAAAUCAUAGACUCUGAUUUAUAAUGAAGGUUCUCAACAAUGUUAAGUCAUAAUUUAACAUAGCUUUUACGAAUGAAAAACAGCAAACAUUUUUGAAUAGCACUUCAUGAAAAUAGUUGAAUAUGCUCAAUUCUCUGUUCAGCUAAAGUACAAACUAUUUUGAUAAAUUUUAUGGGAAAAUAUAGGUGUAAAAUCUCCUCUCUAUUCACACACUCUGGGAGCAAUUAGCAAUUGAGAUGUGUAUGUGUUGUGCAUUGUUAGUGUGCCCUUAAGAGUCUAUGUAAACUCCUCCUGGAGUUAAUUGGAAUGACAAGCAAUUUGCUUUUGCUCUCUUUGAAUAAUUAUUCAUUUUGAUAAAAAUACAAGUGUCUAAUAAUAGUUUAUAGGCCACAUUUAAAUAUCUUACAGGAAAUCUAGAUCAUCUGGUUAGAUGUUGUCCUUGGAUACUGCAUGGCCCUGCAGGUCUCGUUGCUUUGAUGUGUCACUUGAUGGGACCUAAGCACAUUUGGUACUGUUCAAUAGAACACCUUGCUGUAAAUAGCACUUCAUUUUUUAAUUUUCUCCAGUAUUGUUCAAUUUAAUUAAAAAACCUUAAAAUACUUACAUAACCACUCUUACGUAAUGCUGUUGUAUCUGCAAGAUCUUUUUUCAAAAACACUUGUGUCCAGCUUUCCUUAAAUUAAUAAUAAAUAAAGAAUUCAGGCACUGCGAGGGGCAAUGGCACAUUUUAGGCUGCCCAAUUAUCUGGAUCCCAAUUUCCCAUGUAUGAUCUACAAGAACCAGUUUUGUGGUUUAGUGACAAAAACAGCAGGCCAAUUACUCCUGUCAGCAAGCAGUGCUCAUAAGUGUGUUGGGAAUUUUGCAUUAAUGCCUGUUGUUUCAUCAGGAAUAUGGUCUGGGCAGGAUGGCUCCCAGCCUUGUGCCUUCAUUGCCAGUGAAUUGCCCUGUAAAGUACUGACAUAUAUUACAAUGGUGCCACGUCACAUUUUGGAACCCACUUAAUGAGCAGUGAAGUGGGCUGAUGUUCCAGUCUUUGGUGCCCAUUUAAUCAAUCAUACAAAUGGUCUGUCCAAACUCUGAGCAGCUGGCAGCCUGCACAGUGGAAGUCUCUUUAUGGGAGGAAAAAAGAUCCAGAUGGGUAUGGGUCAUUGCACACAAAUCAUAUUUUUAGAAGUAUUUCAUCAGUCACAGAGUAGCAUAUAACACAGCCACAGCUGCUAAGUCUUUUAAAUACUGAUUUUUAUUUGACCAUUUGUCUCAGAACCUCUCUGUAAAAUGAUUUGCUGAAUGUGAUUAAUAAACACAAGAACAUGGAUCUG